AUGCCACUCACGGGAGAGGGUCACAUCGCCGUCUUCGCCUUCCCCUUUGGCUCUCACGCUGCAUCUCUCCUCACACUAGUGCACCGUUUGGCUGCCGAGGCACCCAACUUGAGAUUUUCCUUCCUUAACACUGCAAUGUCAAAUGACAAAAUCUUUUCCACAACACAAGUCAAUGGUUGUAACAUUAAACCAUGCAACGUGGAUGACGGACUCCCGGAGGGGUAUGUCUUUUCUGGUAAUCCGCUAGAGGCCGUGGACCAUUUCCUAAAAGCAAUGCCCGAUAACUUUAAGAGAGGCGUGGAGGCGGUGGUGGCCGACACCGGUAAGAAGAUCACUUGCUUGUUGACCGAUGCAUUUUUGUGGUUUGCCGGUGUGAUGGCGGAGCAAAUGGGGGUUCCUUGGGUGGCACUUUGGACUGCUGGUCCUUGUUCUAUUGCUGUUCAUGUUUAUGUUGAUCUCAUCCGGACCACAAUUGGACCAACUGAGGAAAAUGCAGAUAGAACCCUCGGAUUCAUCCCAGGAUUGUCAGCAAUACAAGCCAAGGAUUUACCCCUUGAAGGAGUCUGUGGGGAUUUAGAGCAACCACCUAUGUCACGUCUCCUAUAUAACAUGGGGAUAAAAGUACCACACGCAACAGUUCUUGCACUAAACUCAUUUGAAGAAAUAGACCCUACCGUCACAAAUGAUCUCAAGUCCAAGCUACAAAUGGUGCUCAAUGUCGGACCAUUUGCCCUAACAUCACCACCACCAUUGCCGAAUUCCGACACGAAUGGCUGCAUUUCUUGGUUGGACAAACACGAGGCUGCAUCAGUGGCAUACCUUAGCUUUGGUACUAUGGCGACACCACCCCCGAAUGAGCUAAUUGCAUUAGGGGAGGCACUAAAAGCUAAAGGGGUUCCAUUUUUAUGGUCACUUAAGGACACUUCAAAGCAACAUUUCCCGGAAGGUUUUCUCGAAAGCAUUGGCACGCUAGGAAAGAUUGUUCCAUGGGCUCCUCAGCUGCUGGUCUUGGAACAUCCUUCGGUUGGUGUGUUUGUGACACAUUGCGGUUGGAACUCAGUGUCAGAGAGCAUCUCAGGUGGCGUUCCGAUGAUCUGCAGAUCGUUCUUCGGAGACCAAAAGUUGAAUAGCAGGCUGGUGGAGGACGUUUGGAGGAUUGGUGUGUGUGUUGAAGGUGGUGUCUUUGCUAAAAGUGGCACAAUUAAUGGUUUAGAUGUAGUUUUGUCCAGUGAAAAAGGGAAGAAAAUGAGAGAAAAUAUUGCAGUGCUAAAAGAGAGUGCUAAAAUUGCUGUUGGACCAAAUGGGAGCUCAACUGAAAAUUUCAAAACUUUGUUAGACAUAGUUAAUAAGAAACCAUAGUGAUUAAUUAAUUUCCACUCUUGUAAUACUAAUUAGUAACUACUCCGUAAAAGAUAUCUCGUGCUACAUUUUGGUUUUUUGGUAUAUCAUGCAUUGAUUUUAUAAACACAUGCUUUUCAUUUCAACCCACUUAAUACUAAAAGCUCUAAAAUGAAAUUUAGAUCUAUAAUAAUAGAUUGUUUAACUUUUCAGGAAAAAAAAAAAAAAAAAAACCACUAUUUUGUCUUACCAUAAACAAAAGCCAAUUGUGACGCUCCACAAUUACUGGUUGACGCAGGUGUCAUUUUUUUAGUAACAGAUAACAUUAUUUAUUAUAAAAUUAGA